AAUGGCGAAUCUCAACGUGUGAAAUUGGCUUCUUGGGCAUGUAGUCGACCCUACGGUAUCAAUUUCAUCGUUUUCCCUUUCGAAAAAUGUGAUGCUCGCCCGCCAUGAACUUCACACCAUUCGGCGGGCAUUUCUCAACGCCCAUCCCCAGCAUCCACCAGUUCGCUGCAAAGUUCUCUCAAGAUUCGGCUGCCACAGCGACGGCGAGUACGUUGACGCCUUCCGCUCAGGAAAACACCAACAGGUACACUGCCAACGGGGUGCCCUCUUUCACCCAGCACCACCAUGCUUCCACGCAGCCUCAAACGAUGCUGACCACCCUCAACGGAAGUGGGAAGUAUCAAGGAAACUACAUAAAUCAAGUAUACGGACAACAUGCAGUUAGGCAAGAAAAAAGGCAGUACGAACCGCAGGAGUUGGCUCAGGAACUAUGCGCAGCCAUGCUACAACAGAGCCAACAACUUGAGAAGCAAACAGAAAAUAAGACAAAGCCCGAAACACCAGAACGCAAAACAGCACUUAUCCAGCCCCAAAUCCAGCAGUCAUCACUUCAACAGCCUCAAAUUCAGAAUUCGCAAAGCCAUAGCGUUAACCAAACAACUAGUUCGCAAACCACGUGGCAAACUCUCACUUCACCAGUAUCAACAGUUGCAGACUAUCUGUCACAUCUGCCGGCUUCCACGUUGCCACUGAGUCUACAUCACUUCCUCAAAUACUCUGCAGAAAACGUGAAGAAGGAGAAUGUCAUACAGCAGCCCACUGUUCAGAGAAAUAUACCACAAAAUUCACCAGAAAGCAAUGGAAACAUACUCUCGAAUAAUAUCAACGGGGUAGGCAACAACAACAAUUUGAACUCGAAUCUUAGUAAUUUGGGUAACAGUACCAUGAAUUUAAGCACUUUGACCACGAUAAAUACUGCACAGCUGCAGAAUGGAGCUACUCCGCCAAAGAAAAAGAAAAAGAAGAAACCUGAGAAGGAAAAGAAGCCCAGACCAAAGCCAGGAGAAAUACGUCUAACCACUGCCCUGGACGGCUCAACUCUCUAUUGCUGUCCAGAAUGUCACAUGGCUUAUCCAGAGAAAGAGCUUCUGGAACAACACCUGGUGGGCCAUACGCUGGAGAGAAGGUUCGUCUGUGACAUUUGUGGUGCUGGAUUGAAGCGAAAAGAUCAUCUUACGAGGCAUAAGCAGUCUCACAAUCCGGAGAGGCCUUAUGUCUGUACUGUUUGUUUGAAGGCAUUUAAGAGAAAGGAACAACUCACUUUACACUUUGUGAUACAUUCUGGCGAAAAAAGACAUGUCUGCACCGAAUGUGGUAAAGGUUUCUACAGAAAGGACCAUCUGAGAAAGCAUACAAGAUCACAUAUUGCGAGGAGAGUCAAAGCGGAGCUAUCUCAGCAAGGUGGUAACACGCAGUCUCUGCAACUCCAUGUUCCUUCUGCAUCGAACCCAAGCACGACAGGUAUAAUGUCCUAAAUUCAGCAUUUCUUUCAAGCAGUUUUACUUUAUAAAUUCUGGUACUCAACGGAAUCGGUGUGGUAUUUGGCUGUGAUUCAAUUUGUUCCAUGACAAUGUUAGGCUAGUUCCGGUAGAUAUAAUCUACCGUUAAAAAUACAGUGUGAUGAUUAGAACUUGGAUGCAUUUUUGGUACAGGGUUGUGCUGAAAUAUUGUGAUAUUUUUCUACGGAUAUUAAGCGGUACUUACGGAUAGUUGUGAUGGUCCAGUGACUGUAGUUAGGCAAGAAAAAGUUGAUCAAUCAUUUUCAACCGAAUUUUUUUCUACGAUUGAACUAGAAUUGCCUAAAAAUAAAUAUAAAAUAAAUUUAUUUAUCUGUAUAAAUUGAAUUUCAAUAAGUUUUUUGCUAUACGAAACCUCGGAUUAUUGCUGAUAUUUUGACUGGGUUGCUGGACCGACUGGGUUAGACUGAAUGGCACAAUUGUCCCAAAAAUGCGACCAAGUUACAAAAAAAAUCGGAUUCUAAAAUUUUGUGGUGGGUACUAGAAUUUCAGUACACAGAGUAUCAUUUUUCUUCUAGUCAUUUUGAAGCUACCUCAGCAGUUUUCAUUGUGAUAUACAUAUAUAUACAUUUAGCAGUUGCUCUGUGCACUUACACAUUUUAUUUCCGGUAAAAAAUUAUUGAAUUGGAAAAAGAGUACAAAGGUAGUAUUCCAUUUGUUUCCUUUUAUUUUUGAGUUUAAUGUUUUUGUUUUACAAUAGU